CCACAAGUCAGGAAAAUGGCAACCGUAAAUGGCGGGGAAAAAAUUGUUUUAAAACCUGUGACAUAUUUCAUUGGAUUCUGAUAUAAAUGUUCCAUACACAACCGCUACUGGCAUUGUCGGACAAAACAACGUAGAAAGGUCUACCACCUACUGGACACAAGAUAAGACGUCGCCACGACAGUUUGAAAGGUUGCUCGGAAGAAUUCAAUUUAGCAAUCUUUGCCAUACAGCGCUGUAGUUGUAAGUAUUCCAUAAGUGUCGAUAUAGGUGCGUUAUAAAUAAUCUAACAGGUCUGAUUGAAAAAGGGAUUUGUUUGUUAGAUAACAAUCUUGAUUAAUUAUCAAUUGUAUGCCUUGGCUGUAACAAUCUAGCUAAUACUUUUUAAAUGUUAGCUUGAGGCUUCCAGUCUCUGUCCUCCAGUCUCUAGAUGCAAGUCUCUGGCUCCUAAUCUCUUGACACCAGUCCCUCGUUCCAAAUCACUGGCUGCGAAUCUCUGGCCCCCCAGUUUCUAUUUCCCAGUCUCUGGCUCCCAGGAUCUUAUCCCAGUCUCUAGCUGCAAGUAUCUGGCUGCUAAUCUCUGGCUACCAUUCUCUAGCUUCAACUCCCUUAAUGUAACUCCCUAGCUCACUAUCUCUAGUUUAGUUUAACCUCUCUCAAUGUAACACCUUGCCUCUCCCUCUCUAGCUUCACCUUCUUUAAUGUAACACCCUGGCUCCCACUCUCUAGCUUCACCUUCUUUAAUGGAACACCCUGGCUCCCACUAUCUCGCUUCACAAUCUUUAAUGUAACACCCUGGCUCCCAGUCCCCAUCUACAAAUCACUAACGUUUAUCCAAUCACUCCAACACCUUCCAUUCUCUGCUUCUAAAUGUUUCCACUCCAUGAUUACCCAUCACUUGUUAUAUUCAUUGCCAGAGAUGCACUCCACUUGAUCUCACUGUCCAAUUUUCAAUCGCUAUUUUUAAAAAAAGCAAAUCGUAUUUAAACUUUUGAACUUUGACCUUUAAUCCAAACUCGAUAACAAAUUACGGAGUUGUUGGUUUUUUUUUUACGUUAAUACAUUUGCUUAUUCCUUUCAGACAGAACAAAAACAAACAACAUGCUGGCUUUCAAAGUUCUUCUUCUGACCGUUGUCUUGCUGGUGGUGUGUACAGAAUGUCAAGAAACAUGUGAGAAUAACUUUCUACGUUAUAUAAUUUGAAAUUAAAGAAACACUCUUUUUUUUAAAAUUCCAAUGAAUUAAUAUCGGUAAUAUCGGAGUAUAUAACUUGCAGAGGGGCGCGAUUCUGUGAUCCUGUGGACUUCAUAAUAGUGUACUUUAUGAAGAUUACAUCAUAAAAAUAUUAUUUAACCACUGCAUACGUAAGGGUCAACAAAGGGAUGCACAAUUUCGAUAACUGUGUUCUUGGCAAAUUGUGUCGUCAUAUUAUUUUCUUCUUUUAAAAUAAAUUAAAUGUAAUUAAAGUGUGCCUGUGUCCACUUUUAUUAUAUUUGUCGCAAAACAAGAUUUCUUUAGUUUAAACUAGAACAUAUAAUGUUACGUUGUUACCGGGGUAAUAAUAACAGACAUUUUGUGAUAUUUUCCACUUGCUGUUGCAAAAAUUCACCAGAAUUACUUUAAAAAAAGAAAAAAAAGAACAUAUGUUACGUUGUUACCGGGGUAAUAAUAACAGACAUUUUGUGAUAUUUUCCACUUGCUGUUGCAAAAAUUCACCAGAAUUACUUUAAAAAAAGAAAAAAAAGAACAUAUGUUACGUUGUUACCGGGGUAAUAAUAACAGACAUUUUGUGAUAUUUUCCACCUGCUGUUGCAAAAAUUCACCAGAAUUACUUUAAAAAAAGAAAAAAAAGAACAUAUGUUACGUUGUUACCGGGGUAAUAAUAACAGACAUUUUGUGAUAUUUUCCACCUGCUGUUGCAAAAAUUCACCACAAUUACUUUAAAAAAAAAAAAAAAAAAAGAACAUAUGUUACGUUGUUACCGGGGUAAUAAUAACAGACAUUUUGUGAUAUUUUCCACCUGCUGUUGCAAAAAUUCACCAGAAUUACUUUAAAAAAAAAAAAAAAGAAGAAGAAUAAGCAUAAUGAUGUUUACGUUUCUAACUUAUUUUGUUAUGAGAAAUAUGUAUCUGUUAUAUAACAUCACACUAUCCUAAUCUUUUUGCUGCCCUUGAACCAAAAAUUUUGUUUUCUUUAAAGAUUGUAAAACGUGACGUUAAAGGACAACACAAAUAUCUGUAUUUCAUUUAACGGAAUAUGAUAUAUUGAUAACUUUUUCAAAAAUAUCACCAAAUUUUUGCCUUGUUUUUCGUCUAUGUUAUCGGAAAAUAUAAAAAAAAGUAUUUAUUUAAAGAGAAUUUCAAAAUACUUUUCCCGUCUGAAGCACCUUGAGUGUUUUUUUCUAUUAAGAACCGCUAUUAAUUUGAUCAAACAUAUAAACAUCCGCUUUACUUUGAGCAAAGUCAAAACAAUAAUAUAUCUUUAUUUUUUUAAAGCAAAUCUUAACCCACCUUUAUUCACGCCCAUGAAUUGUAAAGGGAAAUAAAAUAUCGCGAUAUUUAUUUGUAAACAUAGAAUGUAACAUCUAUUUUCACUACCGUAAUAUCAAUGGAUUUAAGGCAAAUAUCAUCGACGUAAAUGGCGCACACCCUAUUCCCUAACUCCGAUGUAUGUACCUUAGAAAGUACAUUAUUAUUUUAAUGUAUUCCCUUUUUCUGAGGUGCAUCUUGUACUGAUGUGGCGAAAUAAAUAUGUCAAAUUUGCCUCCUCCACAAUUUUUUAUUACAAAUAAUUAAAUCAUCAACAUGCUGGUAGCCCCCUACGAAAGAAACCAUACAUAAUUUGCACACCCUGAAUUUAAUUAAAAUUCUUAAUCUCAGAUCCCUUUUACCACACAUUGUUUUAAAAUGUAUAAAAUAAAUCUUUUUCUCCCAUAAUUCCGUAAACUGAAAUAUUAUAGUUGUCUAUUUUAACAUUAAAUACUAUACUUGUUCAAAUCUGUCACAUACGUGGGUCUUGAGAUAUUAAUAUCAAAAUGAACCAAUUGCAACUUCAUAUGAUUUGUUCCUUUUUGAAUGAGUGAUAAAUGCAUUAGUGAGUGCUGUUUGGCUGUGAAGCUUCUCUGCACUUAUUGACUUUACUGACAGUAUUUUCUAUUAAACAUAUUUUUAAAAGUUAAUUUCUAAUUAUCUUUAUAAAUUUGAUAAAAGUAUAUUUUUGAAUGAAAAAUAAGUAAAAACGUAUGACAUGUUAAAAAAGCAUAAAACUUGACGUGUUUUACAAACAAUUUAAAAAGCAAUCAAUUGCAUGUUUUGACUUACUUUAAAACGAGGAAAAAAAACAUUUUUUUCUCAGUUUGUCACACGCGGAUAAUAUUUUGCUUUUUAUUUGCAUGCCAAAAUGUUUCUAUUUUAAAAGUAAUAAAAUUUCUCUUUACUUAAGUUUAAUCAAAAAUUUUAAUUUGAUAUGGUUUGAAGACAUUUAGAUCAAAUUAAUUUAUUUUAAAAUCGCAAUAUUGACUGACAAGGGACGGGCAAGGCACUAAAAACGCUCUAAAACAACAGAAGUAUGUUUUUUUUUAUAUAAUUGUGUUUAUGAAUUAUUAUAUUAAUGACCCAGACUCUAAUUAUUGAUAAUAAAGAGAAUAGGAUACUUAUUAAAUUUGGAUAGUAUACCUAAAAUCACUCUUUAAUUUUUAUUUUAAAUUUAUUUCAAAUUUAUAAUAAUAAUACUUUAACAUUUAUAUGUAUAUAUAUAUAUAUAUAUAAAUAUAUAUAUAUAUAUAUAAGCAGAUCUAUUUUAUUUUUAUCAACUUAGAAGGGAAUCGAUUUCCGUAAAAUAAUACAAAAAUCCCGUUCAUUGUUUUUAACAACCCGAAAGUAUUUAAAUUCAUUCGUUUGUUUAGCGAUAUAAGGUUAGCCGCAGCUUGUAUGAAGGCAUUACCUAUGUAGUCAGAAAGAGAUUUGUGCUGGAUAAUUUUAUGUUUUAGAGCCGGAUAUAUCUUUUAUUCCCACAGCAUACAAACCAUAAAACAGCCAAAUAUCAUUAAUUGACAUAUUUAACCCCCCCCCUCCCGAGAAAAAAAAAUGUAGAUAAUCAUUUUGUUUUAAAAAUCAAAAACUCCUGAAAUGUUCCCUAAAGAAUUGUUUCGAUAACUUUCCACCACCAAGUGUUAACGUGUGCGGAUCAAAAUGUUGAAGUUUAAAUUUUGAAUCUUUUUUUGUUUUCAGACCUGAGAGGAGGCUGCAGAGGGACUCAAUACGGUUGCUGCGAUGACGGAAGGACCCCUGCCGGGGGACCCAAUAAAGAAAACUGUGUAGCCCCUGGCUUUUACGGUGGGUGUGCGGGCACGAGGUACGGGUGCUGCUCUGACGGCGUCACGUCUGCUGCUGGAGACAAUGGGGAAGGCUGCAGCCAAAAUCUUCGUUCCUAAUUUAGGAUUUCUAAAUGAUUUUAUUUAGUAAACGAGGUAAUCUAGAAAGAAAUGUGAUCAAUUUUUAAAUGUCUAGAUUCUGUAUUAAAAAUAAACUAUGAUAAAUAAAACAUUGUGUUGAAUUUUUGUUUUAAAGUUUUAUCUGCAACUGAUUGUAGAAUGGCUGCGUGGUGCGCUACAUGAAAAUUUAAGAGAAUGUGUUUUAAUUGGCAAACAGUCUUUGUGUUAAGUUUCAGCACGAUAGAUUGACGGGAAGUGGGUCAUUUAGCCUUCCAAAGAAUUUGCAUUUCAUCCUGCCAGAUAGAAACAGAUGAAUAAAUGUGACAUUUAUUUACAGGAAUACAAUGAUAGUACGAAGUGAAAAAAAAAGGAUGCCAUCUCGACAAUUAGUUGUUAUUUUGUGUUGUUUUUUUUAAAAUACACUUUAACAGAAUUGUAUUGAGAAAACCAGUUGCGUUGUUUCAACGCCCACAGCAUAAAUAUCAAAAUAUAUGUCAAUGACGAGUUUAUUAAUUAAUGUAUUAUAAGUGUUUCAGAUUUCAAUUUCUCUUUUCAAGUUGUAUUUUUUUAUAUUUGUUUUGUCUUACCAAACUAUAGACAGACGAUUUGGUCCAAUAGUAAAUUCUGUAGAUAACGUUUUGGAGACAUCAUACAUUGUAUGAAUUGGCGACGGACAAAAGAAGUUAUACUAUUACUGUUUAUUUGGCCAUUUGAUUAGAGGUGAUGAAGAAUUGUGUAUUGGAUUUUUUUGGUGAAACGAUAUUUUGAUAAGAAGCUCUCCAAAAUUCGUUGAGGAGAGUUUUAUUGUUUUGGUGGGGUUGUUUUUGUUUUGUUUUGUUCUCUUGUAAACAUAAUUGGUAAAACCACUGAUGGUCUCCCUUUGAUGCUAGGUAAAAAGAGAUGGACUUGGUGAAUAUAUCUGGUAUAGCAAGUGAUGGUGUUACGUUGAUGAUAGGUAAAGGGGAUUCACUUGUUGAAAAUAUCUGGUAUAGCCACUGAUGGUGUCCCGUUGAUGACAGGUAAGUGAGAUGGACUUUGUGAACAUAAUGGUAUAGCCAUUCAAAGUGUCACGAUGAGGAUGGAUAAAAGAGGUUGACUUUCUGAACAUGUCUUGUAUGACAACAGUGAUGAUGAAUUUAUCAAUGAUAAUUGCAUGUGGGGGGGGGGGCUUGUUUUUUUUACUUCUCUGAAGUAAGAUGACGAAGUUGAGUUUGAAUGGUGAAAAGAUUUUGUGAUUUGCGAAAUUAUAUCAAACUGUUUGUGGAAGCGAAAACAUAAUUUACAACUCGGUGAUUACAAAUGGUUGGCAGUGACAAAUUUUGACGAUGAAAACUGGUUGACAAUGACAUAUAUUUGACGAUGACAACUGUUUGACGAUGAUAUAUAGUUGAAAAUGUCAAGCAGGAGAAAUACAUUGAUCAUUUUGACGUUAACUUGGUGUCCUUCAAAAGAUUCAUGGUUUGUAUUGAAAGCUGUCAUCACCACCCUAAGAGCCAGCUAAAUUUUUAAUAAAUAAAGCAUGCGUAUUUGUAGUUUUGUGCUUUUGUAGAGUGCAGUUGAUAAGUGUGGGUAGUGGACGAAUUUUUUUCAUUACUUCUAUUUAUAUUAGUUAGCGUUUUAAUCCACCAUUAGUUCCACUAUGUUCAUUCUAGCAAUGAUAGUGUGAUGAAUAAACAUACAGUCAUUCCUUAAAUUAUCAAACAGAAUAAGAAGUUUCCGCUGGGAUCAAUACCAACGGCUUUAUCACUAUAGUUAGAGAUGCUGGAAUGCGCGUUUGUCUCUAAAAAAAGACACAUGGUUUGUCACAACAUCAUCCAACCCUGCAAUGAUACUUGAUACCAUUGUAGUAAGUAUCCUGAAAUGAACGUCCAACUGGCAAUGAUACUUGAUACCAUUGUAGUAAGUAUCCUUUCAUGAACGUCCAACCAGCAAUGAUGCUUGAUACCAUUGUAGUAAGUAUCCUUUCAUGAACGUCCAACCAGCAAUGAUACUUGAUACCAUUGUAGUAAGUAUCCUUUCAUGAACGUCCAACCAGCAAUGAUGCUUGAUACCAUUGUAGUAAGUAUCCUUUCAUGAACGUCCAACCAGCAAUGAUGCUUGAUACCAUUGUAGUAAGUAUCCUGAAAUGAACGUCCAACCAGCAAUGAUGCUUGAUACCAUUGUAGUAAGCAUCAUUUCAUGAACGUCCAACCAGCAAUGAUACUUGAUACCAUUGUAGUAAGUAUCCUUUCAUGAACGUCCAACCAGCAGUGAUACUUGAUACCAGUGUAGUUAGUAUCCUGAAAUGAACGUCCAACCAGCAAUGAUACUUGAUACCAUUGUAGUAAGUAUCCUUUCAUGAACGUCCAACCAGCAAUGAUACUUGAUACCAUUGUAGUAGGCAUCCUUUCAUGAACGUCCAACCAGCAAUGAUACUUGAUACCAGUGUAGUAAGUAUCCUUUCAUGAACGUCCAACCAGCAAUGAUACUUGAUACCAGUGUAGUAAGUAUCCUUUCAUGAACGUCCAACUAGCAAUGAUACUUGAUACCAUUGUAGUAAGCAUCCUUUCAUGAACGUCCAACCAGCAAUGAUACUUGAUACCAUUGUAGUAAGUAUCCUUUCAUGAACGUCCAACCAGCAAUGAUACUUGAUACCAGUGUAGUAAGUAUCCUGAAAUGAACGUCCAACCAGCAAUGAUACUUGAUAACAUUGUAGUAAGUAUCCUUUCAUGAACGUCCAAUCAACAAUGAUACUUGAUACCAUUGUAGUAAGUAUCCUUUCAUGAACGUCCAACCAGCAAUGAUGCUUGAUACCAUUGUAGUAAGUAUCCUUUCAUGAACGUCCAAUCAACAAUGAUACUUGAUACCAUUGUAGUAAGUAUCGUUUCAUGAACGUCACUUUCUUUUCGUAACGCAAAAUCGUUUUACGUUUUCAUUCGUAAAGCUAAUCAAUUGAAAACACGUAUUUUGGCAAACUUUGGGUCGAAAAAAACCACUUAAUCUCCCCAUUCUGAUACUAAGAUGAAACAGAACAUCUGUGAGCAAUUUCAGCUUUCUGUGGGUAAGUAGUUUAUUGAGCCUAUAGCCUUCAACAAGCAUACACAAUUUUGAGUGAAUAACCGUCAACAAACAUAUCAACGUUUUUUUCCCUUAACCGCCAACAAAUAUCAAAUCUUUAGUCUAUGACCGUCAAAACAGAUAUCAACUCUGUUGUCUAUAUCCGUAAACAAUAAUAUCAAUACUACAGUCUAUAAACGUCAACAAACACAUCCACUUUUAAAUCUAUAAACGUCAACAAACAUAUCCACUUUUAAGUCUAUAAACGUCAACAAACAUAUCCACUUUUAAGUCUAUAAACGUAAACAAACAUAUCCACUUUUAAGUCUAUAAACCUCAACAAACAUAUCCACUUUUAAGUCUAUAACCGUCAACAAACAUAUCCACUUUUAAGUCCUUAACCGUUAACAAACAAAUUACUUUUCACUCUCUAAACGUCAACAAAGAACCAAAUUUUGAAUCUUUCAUCAUCAACAAAUAAACCACCUUUCAGUCUCUAACCCUCAAUAAGCAGCCCACUUUUGAGUCUUUAACCGUAAAAAAAAAAACCACUUUCGACUCUUUAACCGUAAACAAUCAACCCACUUUUGAGUCUUUAACCUUAAACAAAAAAAACCACUUUCGAGUCUUUAACCGUAAACAAACAACCCACUUUUGAGUCUUUAACCGUAAACAAAAAAAAACAAAACUUUCGAGUCUUUAACCGUAAACAAAGAACCCACUUUUGAGUCUUUAACCGUAAACAAACAACUCAUUUUUGAGGCUUUGUAUUUUGUAGUAAUGUUUUGUUUAUUUUUUGGUUUUAUUUUUCGUGUAAAUUGGGUGUCGUUAUAGUUGGCAGUAGAGGCUGCACGUAGUUUCCUGAAGGAAAACAAUUACAUGUAUGAUAGUUUCAGCCACCUAAACUUAUUCUUGAACAUGUCUUAUCUAACCAAACAUUCCCCAAACAAGAAGUUACAUUUCAGGAGGCCAGUGUUAAACUGUAAAUUUUGAAUCUUCUUUCAGUCUUUAUAGGUGUCAAAAGAGGGAUUCAAUCUGGCUGCUGCUCUGACGGUAAAACCUCUGCUGGAGGGACACAUCCCCCCCAAACAUAAAGAGAACACUGAUGACCAAAGAAUUUUAUCGGUGGAUGUGUAGACAUGAGCGAUGGAUGUUGUACUGACAGCAUUACAUCUGCUGCUGGAGGCAAUGUUGAUGGUCGCCUGGACGUUAGGUUGAUCGGGGGUUACAUCCAUCAGGUAUGGGCGUUACUCUUUGGUUGUUAUGUUCACCGAAAAAGGCAUCUUGCCGACACGUUCGUUUUUGUUAUCACGCAUAUUGUUUUCAUGUUUUCCUUUAGGUCUUGCACAUAGUUUGUUCUCGACAAAAUGGUGAAUUGUAAAAAUAAUCAUGUGAGUGAUUAAAGGUUAAUUUCCUUUUUACCAACACUACUUAAUUUAUGAGGCUUAUGGAAAUACAUAUACUGUAUAACAUAGUUAAAUUCUUAAAUGCACAAGAAUGACGUGCAAUGCAUAGCAGUGACGUACGACACGUUAAAUGACAUAAAACACAGUGCUGUACAACACACCAAGGUGACCUACAACACAUACGAUUGAACCACAACACCACCUGGCAUGCACAACGCACAACAAAUUUUGUGUCGCGAAAUAUGCAUAAAAGUGUCAGGCAUGAAAUGAAUUUGUGGAUAACAUUUGCGCGUGGCUUUCAAAUAUCUUGAGGAGUUCAUUUAGCUCCUGUGAAAUGCCAACAAGAAAAACAAAGUACAACUGUUACUAUCUGCUCAAACUUGAUUAAUUCAUUAAAAAGGAUAAGGGUCUUCAAGAACCAGGUUUCCCUUACUUCCUCCUUUUCCUUGUUUCCAGAAACCUGACAAGCUUCUUGUUACACAGCUGAGAACAUUUAGCUGGAGUGAGGAGGCAACUGAGACCCUCAUUAUAGCUUGAAGAUGAUCAUCGGUAGGUUUGGCCUUGAACUUUGACUUGUUCAAGUUCAUCGUGGAAAAGAGCUUUUCACACAGAUAGGUACUCCCAAAAAGGCACAUGAACCGCUUGAACAACCUGGAAAUCCAUUCACCUUCCUGAACUUAACCUUGAGUUCAGAACUGCACUGAAGGUCAAUCAGCUCCAUUUCAGCGCAAAAAACGGUGCAGGGGGGGGGGCAUCUGCAACAUUUAAGGAGAAAUAGUCCGCAAAAAUGUAAAAAAAAGGCUUUGGGUUUUUUAAAGUUGGCAAAUCUGUGACCAAAUGUUACCUGUAGCUUGCAAUGAAAUCAGUAUAUUUACUACUGUAUGGUGUGCCCAAAGUCCAAGAUUACUUUAUAUGUUGGGAAAUGACAGGUUUCUUUGCAGAAAGCCUGGGAAUUGUCUUAGACAACACGGAAAAAGCUGUCAUUGUAAUAUCUUGAGGAGUACAUUAAGCUCUUGUUUAAAGUUAACAAGAAAAGCCAAGUCCAUGAGCCAUUUGGGGUCACUUAGUACAGAAACAACCACCCGAUCCUUCUCCAUGAAGGUUUUGAUUUCUGCUCUUACCUAAAAAAAAACAACUUUCAAGACGUUUCCAGUAGUAAGUCAACGUAUGUCGGUGAAGUAGUUAACAUCCUCAUAUGCUGACUCUCUUUCGUCUUUAAGGCACUAAACUUCCGGUGAAUCAACACCUGGAUAUGAUAGGGUUGAUUCAUUUCACGUACGACAUCACAUGGUCAAACUUUAGGCAUUUGCUGCACAAGACCUGUUGAUGGAUUAUGCACUGUAGAGCAACGGCCUCCUCCACACCCUCCUCUUCCAAUUUUCUUUGAACAUGUGCCACUAGUCUAUUUAUAUACCUGUCAUUGAUGGCGCUACGUCGAUUGUUUUUUUUUUCCUCUAAAAUGUUUCAACGGUAAACCGGCAACCACAAGAGCAUCACAAAGCUUACUGCUAUUGAAUACAAUUUUUUUUUGUUUGGUCUAAAGUUGUAGUCACAUCAAAUAAAUCAACAAUAAUUUUGGUUAAAACAAUAACAAAUCAGUGUUCAGAGUUAUGCUAGUUUGUUCCCAAAAUUAGGUCAACAAGACAUUAAAACUCGAAUAUAGAGCAUUGCGUCACCCCUACACUCCACAUGUAGACCCGGCUGUCAACGUGUUCAACUAACGGUGUUAAAUUCCCGGUAAUCUAAAGUAAAAAUAUUCCGUUAAUUAAAAGCUAUGCGAAUAAUGAGCUUCUGGUAAGCUAAGGCGAAAAAUAAUAAAAUAAAAAAUAAAAAUGUGGCGAUUCCCUCUAGCGAUUUUAAAAGAAAAUGUGUUGAAACAGAGGACAGGAGAAGGAAAUAUGUAUGAAUUAUUGAUGCGAUGAAGAAGCUUUUGUGGGGAGAAUUAAUUUUUUAUCGUAGAAAAUGCAUUUUUUACUAACCUUAUUUUGAAAGACUAAGUGACCAAGCUGAAAACAGGCUUUGAGUUUCCCUCACUCGUCUCUCGUACACAUUAUAUUUAUAAAUUUAUAGAAUUUCUUUGAUACUAUGUCAGUUUGUUAAGAGUUUCACUAUUAUGUUCCUGCAUUACCGACUAACUGACUUUUUAAACUUUUGAUAUUUGUAUAUGAAAUAUUCGAAGCCUUUUGGUCUCAUGAAAUUCUAUUAAAUAAAAAACAAACUUUUAGUUCAAUUUUAAAACAGUUUACCAUUAUAAAUCAACGUCCAAACCUAUACAAAGAUAAUAGAAAUCAGAAUUGGUCUGGUCGGUGAGAUUACACUAAAAGCGUCGCGGAGGGUCACUUUGAUACGAAACUUUGCUGUCAGGCAUCGGGAUGCAUAGUAUCAUCGUGCAGGCCACAAAUGGCCAGCGGGCAGCGAGUUUCAGAUCCCUGGUUUAUAAUUACUAAUUGCUUUUCGAGUUAAUGAACGAUUAUGUAUCGUGGCGUCUGCUUGAUCCGCUCGAGUACUUGCAAGUACGGUCAUUUUGUUAUCGUCAGUCGAAGUGUUUGUAUUUCGAUAACGAAUUAAUUGAUUAUUAUUAGAACUUGUGUCGUGACAAAUAGAUAAUCUACCAAUUUGGGUGAUAAUAAGACAAUAAAGAUAAUUAAAUUAUAAUUAACAUAAAAUUUCUUUAUUUUAUUUUUCGGAAAAAAUGAAUACGAUUACAAAGAGUAAAAAAUGAUAUCCCAAGUAUCGAUCCUAAGUUGACGCAUUCACAAGUCGAGUUUCGAAAUCACAAUUAACUUUAGAAAUAAGCGUUGAUUAAUCGCCUAUAGACAUGAAAAUUUCAAUUUAAAAAAAUGCAGAAAGAGUUGUUUUUAAACCUGUGAAAAAAAUGCCUUGAAAUCAAAUUUAAACAUUGCUGACACAUCCUCAGCUCGCUUUGUCGGACAAAACGACGUAAAAAGAUCUACCAGUCCAGCUACUGCAUUGGACACACGAUAAGACGUCACCACGACAGUUUCAAACUUUGUUGUGAAGAAUUCCAUUUAGCAAUCUUUGCCACACAGCGGUGCAGUUGUAAGUAUUCAUUAAGUACCGUUAUAAGCGCAUCACAAAUAAGCUUGCAUGACUGAUUGACUGAUCAGUUUUACGCCUGGGUUUUAAAAAUCUAGAUACAACUCUUUUAAUUUUGACUUUAGGCUCCCAGUCUCCAAUUUCCAGUCUCUUUCUCUCAAUCUAUGUCUCCCAGUUUCUAGCUCCAAGACUCUCUGAAUCCCAGACUCUAGCACCACGUCUAUAUGGAUACCAGUCUCUAUCUCUCAGUUUCUUGCUUCAUGCCUCUAGCUCACAGUCUAUGGAUUCUAGUCUCUGGAACACAGUCAAUGGCUCCAAUUCUCUGGUUUCCAGGCCAUGGCUCCUAUUUUCUGGCUCCAAUUUGUUUAUUAGAUAAUAAUCUCGAUUUUGUUUUUCAGGAUUUCGCCUGCGUUGUAAAACUCUAGAUUCAACUCUUUUAAUAUUGACUUCAGUCUCUGGUUCACAGUCUAGGGCUCCAUCUCACUCACUGCCUUCCAGUCUCUAGUUCCCAAUCUUUUGUUCCCAUUUUUUUGCCUUCCAGAUUCUGCACUCCCAGUAUCUCGUUUCCGGUCUCUGGAUCUAAGUCUAUAGCUUUCAGUCUCUGGCUCUCAGUCCAUAGUUAAACCUGUCCUAAAUUUAACACCCUGGAUCCCAUUCUUUAUCUAUAAUUUCUUAAAUGUAAAGCUCUGGCUCACAGUCUUUGGCUCCAUCUCCUUACAUGUAAAAACCUGGCUGCAACCUCUUGCUACAAAUCACUAACUUGUAUGCAAUAAUUUCAAGCAAAAUUCCUUCAACUGAAUCCGAUUUUCAAAUUAUAAAUCUUUUUGUAAAAAAACAAAUAGAAUCCUUUUCAAACUUUUAAUCCUUUAUUAUUUUAAGUGAACUCCAUACCAAAUUACGUGAUUUUUAUUUUUUUUUAAAUAUUCAAUUGUUUACUUUCAGACAGUAAAAACAACAUGCUGGCUUUCAAAGUUCUUCUACUGGCCAUAGUGUUAGUGGUUUCAUGUACAGAAACCUAUGAAAGACGUAAGGUUAAUUUUCUAAGUUAUAAAAUUUGACAUUAACGGAAGUAUUUUUCUGUUAAAUUCAAAUGAUUUAAAGUAUACUAAGUGAUAGAAAAAUGAGAUAUUUUAAAAUAUUUUACUGUGCGAUUCUUUUUGUUCGGCAGUAUUACCAUUUUUUAUGCAUCAGUUUGAAAGGGUAAUGCAAUUUAUUAUUUUAGCCAUCUGUAUUGUUCGUCAGUUGGAAGUUGCCCAUGACCACUUCAAUCAUUAGAUUUCUGCUAUUUAUGUUUGUGGGGGCGCCGUUGGCUAAUGAGGCCAUAUCAGGCACGAACUUUUCUUGUGCAGAAGGUGCAGCGGAAUAACGGGUCAUCUCAGGGAUCAGAGUCAUACCGGGUCUUCCUGUCAUGUCUCUUGCACUCUGUAGCCGCUGUUCUACUAUCUUCACGUUGCUUGGAUCCUCUAUGUCAUGUGGAACGCAAUGAUUUUCGAUCCUUCGCUUUUUCCUCCCAGGUGUCUGGUUUUAUGUCAAGCACUUUCAGUGAGCCUUUAAGGUUGUCUUUAAAACGUUUCUUGUGCCCGCCAGCCGUGUUCAAUUUCACCAUAUAAUAUUCUUUUGGGCAGACAAUCGUCUGAAUUUCUCACAAAGAAUGCAUUAAGAUGGUAAAGAUGCUGGGGAGACCUGCUUGUAUGAGCACUUCAGUGUCUGGAACCCUGUCCUGCCAUUUAAUUUGAGGAUUUUUCUAAGUAGUGUUGUAUGAAAGUGGUUCAGCAUUAUUGCAUGUCGUUGUUAUGCCGUCCACGUUUCAUGGAUAUAGAGAAGAGUAGGAAAAGCAGUCGCAAUAUGACUUUCUGUUUAAUUUGAGUGCUGAUACCUCUCCUGGUCCAUACGUUCUUAGACAAUGGGCAAUAGCUUAUAAGUGCUCUCGCAACACGGAGGUUUACCUCGUCAUCGAUGGUGGUGUUUUGGGACAGAGUUGUGCUAAGUUAAGUGAAUCUAUUGAUUACCUUCAGUGUUUCGCCGUUUCCUUCGAUGUUGGACUCAAAAUUAGGUCUUUGGGGAGCUGACUGGUACGGGACCUCGGUCGUUUUUGUGUUAAUGGUGAGCCCAAAGUUUGUGCAGGCAUUGGAAAAGUUUGUGACGCUGCAUUGAAUAUUCAUUUCUGAUACAGCGUUUAGGGCACAGUCGUCUGUAUACACGAGGUCAUGGUGGUGUCUGUCAGGACCUUCGUUUUGGCAUGUAGCCUCUUGGGGUUGAAUAGAUUACCGCCACGCGUUAUCUCAGGACAAUUCCCACAUCAGCCUCUCUGAACGCAUCAGUCAGCAUGGCGGAAAACAUGAGGCUGAAAAGUGUUGUGGUCAGUACACAGCCUUGCUUCACGCAGUUUGUUGCAGGGAAUGGUUUGGAAAUGUCUCCAUUUUCCCGAACUCUAGCCUGCAUACCAUAACGUAGCACUACAAUAAACUGAUGUCAAGAAAUAAUGUAACGAACUCCAAACAAGAAGUUAUUCGUAAAAAUAUUUUGUAUUCAUUUUUUUUCAUUUUUUUAGUAAUAUUCUUAUUUACUAUCAUCUUUAACAUCGCAGAUUUACUACACGAAUUAUUUCAGAAAAACAAGAGAAAAUAUUACGCACCAAAAAUACUUGCGAUUUUUUCUUGGAAGAAUCUGAUUUAGCUCAGUUAUCGUGAAGAUUUUUUCUCGGAACAAUCUGAUUUAGCUCAGUUAUCGUGUAGAUUUUUUCUCGGAAGAAUCUGAUUUAGCUCAGUUAUCGUGAAGAUUUUUUCUCGGAACAAUCUGAUUUAGCUCAGUUAUCGUGAAGAUUUUUUCUCGGAAGAAUCUGAUUUAGCUCAGUUAUCGUGAAGAUUUUUUCUCGGAAGAAUCUGAUUUAGCUCAGUUAUCGUGAAGAUUUUUUCUCGGAAGAAUCUGAUUUAGCUCAGUUAUCGUGAAGAUUUUUUCUCGGAAGAAUCUGAUUUAGCUCAGUUAUCGUGAAGAUUUUUUCUCGGAAGAAUCUGAUUUAGCUCAGUUAUCGUGAAGAUUUUUUCUCGGAAGAAUCUGAUUUAGCUCAGUUAUCGUGAAGAUUUUUUCUCGGAAGAAUCUGAUUUAGCUCAGUUAUCGUGAAGAUUUUUUCUCGGAAGAAUCUGAUUUAGCUCAGUUAUCGUGAAGAUUUUUUCUCGGAAGAAUCUGAUUUAGCUCAGUUAUCGUGAAGAUUUUUUCUCGGAAGAAUCUGAUUUAGCUCAGUUAUCGUGAAGAUUUUUUCUCGGAAGAAUCUGAUUUAGCUCAGUUAUCGUGAAGAUUUUUUCUCGGAAGAAUCUGAUUUAGCUCAGUUAUCGUGAAGAUUUUUUCUCGGAAGAAUCUGAUUUAGCUCAGUUAUCGUGAAGAUUUUUUCUCGGAAGAAUCUGAUUUAGCUCAGUUAUCGUGAAGAUUUUUUCUCGGAAGAAUCUGAUUUAGCUCAGUUAUCGUGAAGAUUUUUUCUCGGAAGAAUCUGAUUUAGCUCAGUUAUCGUGAAGAUUUUUUCUCGGAAGAAUCUGAUUUAGCUCAGUUAUCGUGAAGAUUUUUUCUCGGAAGAAUCUGAUUUAGCUCAGUUAUCGUGAAGAUUUUUUCUCGGAAGAAUCUGAUUUAGCUCAGUUAUCGUGAAGAUUUUUUCUCGGAAGAAUUUGAUUUAGCUCAGUUAUCGUGAAGAUUUUUUUUUGAAAUAAAUGCCAUCAAAUUUCCUUCACCUUCUUCUUUAAAAAAAAAAAAAAAAGUAAAAAUUGUUUUGGGUGGAGGGUAGGGCCGGGUGGUGGUGUGGGCCGGGUGGGGCCGGGUGGAGGUUAGGGCCGGGUGGUGAAUAUUUUAAUAUUUUGUUAUUGUAAACAAAUCUACGUGCCAAGUUCCAGCGCGAUAACUUCUGACAAGAGGUGGGUCAAUCAUCCGUCCGAAGAUCGUGUCGCCCAGCCAGAAAAGAAACACAUUAACAAAACCGAAAUUGAUAGAAAGGAUUUAAUGGAGUGAUAUAGGUAUGUGUGACGUGGAGAGGGGAGGGACUUUGAAAUCCCAUAAACAUUUUUGUAGUGUUCUUCAUCAAUAUUAUAUAGUUAUUUUUUUUAAAAACCCCACUGCAUACGUAUUGGUUCAAACAAGUGAUGCAUCAAUUCAAUCAAUGUGUGUACAGGUAUUUUCGUCGUCAUAUUAGUGUCUCGUUAUACACUAUGUAUUAAAUGAAAUUAAAAUGUGGCUAAAUGUUGACAUUGCCUUUUUUUUUCUUUGCAUGCAUUAUGAAUUGACUAUGGAAAGGACACAAUAAAAUAAAUCCAUGCAACUCGGUGCUGCAUAUUGUUAACAAGAAAAUAUCACCCGGUGUUAUCGACAUAACAAGAUCAGGUGCACUGCGAUAAUUCCCACUUGCUAUUUCAAAAACUCAUCAAAGUUCCGUAUUUCAAAAGAAAGUCUCUCUGCAUUGAUAUUUACGCUUGUAACAUCGUCUAAGAGAAGGAAACCCUCAAUUCAAACCUUGGAGAUGGAGUCCCGUAGGCGCAUAACAUUGGUUAAAUUUAACUUUCCGACAACGCCAUGCGACGCCACUGGUGCCAAGCUGUAUGAUCCCCAUGAAGUUCCCUUGGGUUAUCCAGCGGUGUGGGGAGAGGCGAUUUGCCGUGUAAUGAACGAGCUUACAAUCCCAAAAAGAAUCAUUCCAGGCCUUGCUGAUUUCAUGCUGCAAAGUCUACAGCAUCGUCACAUUGUGACGGACGGAGGCCAGCAUGUAGAAUAAUUUUAAAAAAUUAAGUAUUUUGUUUUCUGCCAUUAAAUAUACUCCUACGCAAACAACUUUUCACGGCCCUAAACUACAAUUCGUUUUUCUCUAAACAUGACCUUAAAUUUCCAAAUAAAUGGUAACUAAUUAAAUCAUAAUUGUUGAAUUUUAAUUUUUUUUUAUCUUCUUUCAGACCUGAGAGGGGGCUGCAGAGGGACUCGAUACGGUUGCUGCGAAGACGGAAAGACCUCUGCCGUGGGACCCAAAAAAGAAAAUUGUAGAACCGCUCGCCUUAUCGGUGGGUGCAAGGGCACGAGAUAUGGGUGCUGCUCUGACGGCGUCACGUCUGCUGCUGGCGAGAAUAAGGAAGGAUGCGCCUAAAUUGUCUUGUCCUUUUUCUGAUUACAAUAAGAUUUAUUUGGAUACAAAAUUUGUAUAUAAUUUAGAAAAUUAAGUUAAAUGUUUAGUUUUAAAAAACAUAUUUUUUUGUGUGAUAAUUUUUUUAAUUAAAAUAAAAUAUGAUAAAACCUUACUUUUAAAAAAAAUUAGCAAUGAUUUGAAUGCAUGAAAUUGCUUUCAAACAUCGUUCAAAUCAGGUUACUUGGAGUAGUUGAAUUCAUCUCAGAAAAAUGUUGCAUCGUCAAAGCACGAAUAAUAUUUCUUUUAAAAGAAAUAGCUGCUUUUAGUUACAUGCCAUUGACAAAUCGUCCAAAUAGUUAUAUAGCAUCAUCAAUUGAUUUGCAAAGAUAUCCUUUAAAUUCAGAAGGAAAAAAAACUCCAAGUUUCAAUUUCACAUGAAAUUAUUGUGCAAUAAAGACUCGUACCAACAACUUGUUUCAAUCUAACUCAGACGAAGAGACUUAACGUUGUAGCCACUUAGCUUUUAGACUUUAACAAUUCAUUUGGCAUUAGUAUUAUUAUUCAUAUUAUCAGUGUCGGGGAGUUAUUGGUGAUGUCAAUUCAUGGAUGACUCUCAGCAAGUUGAAGCUGAACGAUGAAAAAACGGAAGCACUCCUCACUUACAAUCGCGAAUCUUCCUCUAACUCAGCUCUCCCUAUCUCGUUUCAAGUAGUUAGCUCCGACAUAGAGUUGACAUCUUCUAAUAGGAAUCUUAAUUGCAUUCUUUCCGACACCAUGUCUCUAAAUAAUCAUAUUUCUUACAUUUGAAGCUCUGCAUACACCGCUAUCCGUCAGAUCUGCUCCAUCCACGACUCUAUCACAACUGGCGCAACAACAACAAAAAACAACAUGGUCUAUUCUCAUGUUCUCUCUCGUCUUGACUAAUGUAGCUCUCUUCUGUCAGGCUCACCAAAAAGUUUCAUAGAACAACUGAAGAAAGUUCAAAACUCAGCUGCUUUAUUAUAUUUUUCGAAUGAGCACCCGAUUAACACCACAAAUUUAUUUCACAAACUAUUUCAGAAAAACAAAGGAUAAUAUUACGCACCAAAAUCACUUGCGACCUUUUUAAGAAUCUAAUUUAGCGCAGUUAUCGGUAAUUUAUUUUCAUGAAAUCAGUGACAUCAUAUUUCCCUCAAACUCCCCUUGAAAUACAAAAAAACAAAAAACAUGUAUUUUUAGUAGGUUUGAGGUAGGGACGUGGGGCUUAAAAUUUGACAGAAUGUUUUGUCAUGUCCAACUAAUCUAUGUGUCAAGCUUCAGUUCUAUAUGUUUAUGGGAAGUGGGUUAAUUGGCCGCCCGAAGACUUUAUCACACACCCAGAGAAAUAGAAACACACAUACAAAAGUACAGUUUAUAUAAAGGUAUACAAUUGAAAAUAUACGAAAUAAAAAAUGUAUAUCAUCUCGAGAAAGAGUUGUUUUUUUUUUUUUUUUAAAAAGUACAACUGAAACAGAUUGUUUUGAGAAACCUUGUAGUGUGGUUUCAAACCGUAUGUCAAUGACGAGUUCAUUCACCAAUGAGCAUUACAGAUUUUGUUUUCUUUUUUCAAGGUGUAUUUUUCUAUACUUAUUUAGUCUCAUAAGACUGUGAACCGGCGGAUUUGGUCAAAUAGGAAAUUCUGUAGUUCACUUAUUGGAGACUUCAACUGCUAUUUUUAAAUUGUAUGAUCUGGCAAAGGACAAAAUUAAUGAUAUUACUAUUGCAGUAAAAGCGCAAUUGGCCAUUAUAAAAGAGGUAUACGUGACAAAUAUAACAUCGCGAAAGAAUAGAUUAUUUGGUGAAACUAUAUUUUGAUAAGAAGCUGGGGAAAGACGUCAAGGAGCGGCGGUUGUUGUUGUUGUUUUUUUGUUGUUUUUUGUUGUUGUUUUUUUGUUGUUUUUUGGUUUAUUGUAAACGUAACUGGUAUAGCCACUAAUGGUGCUCCUUUGAUGAUAGGUAAAAGAAAUGGACUUGGUGAACAUAGUGUUUUAGGUACCGUGUGUGUCUUGGUAAUGAUGGAUAAAGGAGAUGGACAUGGUGAACAUACCGGUAUGGCUUAUGAUGAUGUUUCAGUGGUAAUGGUACAGAGGAAUGGACUUUGUGAAAACGUCUAGUUUUGCCACUGAUGGUGUCCCGAUGAUGAUUGACUUUUCAAAGAUGAAUGCGGAUUUGGGGGGGGGGGGUGGACUAUUUACUUUAUGGUGUAAGAUUGCUAAUGUUGACAAUGACAUCUGGUUGAAAAUGUCAAGCUGACCAAACACAUGGAUCAUCCUGCAUGACUUGGUGUCCUUCGUUAGGUUCGUGGUUUCAUGUUUUGUGAUACUGUAGAGUCCAGUUGAUAAGACGGGUGGGUAUGUGACAAUCUCAUGCGCCCCUUAGAGUUUUGUGUUAUUGUAGAGUCCAGUUGAUAAGACGUGUUAGUAUGCGACAAUCUCAUGCGCCCUUUAGAGUUUUGUGUUAUUGUAGAGUCCAGUUGAUAAGACGGUAUGGUAUGUGACAAUCUCAUGCGCCCUUUAGAGUUUUGUGUUAUUGUAGAGUCCAGUUGAUAAGACGGGUUGGUAUGUGACAAUCUCAUGCGCCCUUUAGAGUUUUGUGUUAUUGUAGAGUCCAGUUGAUAAGACGGGUUGGUAUGCGAAAAUCUCAAAAUAGGGAUUUCUAUUUCUAGACACAUUGUAAAUUCAGAGAAGCAAUAUUUUUCAAUAUUGUCUCCCAAGAUCAUACAAGAAAUAUGGUAUUUCGCCCCCCCCCCUUUUUCCCAAAAAGGGGGGCUCGGGUUGUAUUUAGAAACUGUGGGAUUUAUCGAAGCUCAGAACAGGCGAAUAUGUAAUUUAGCCGACAAUUUAAAGCUUUGUAAAAAAAAAAACUACAAAACAACAUGUGACCGAAUCCAACAUACGGCAAAAAAAAACACUGUGUGUGCAACUCACUCUGUCUCCGGCGUAAAGUAUUUUGUGCGUCAAGUGUCAUGACAGCCUUUUGAAGUUUAAAGCGCUCAUAAUGAGAUGGCACUGUGGCAACUGCAUGGCAGCCAAAGGGCGAUAUGGCGACAGAACACUGCAUGGGUAAUUACUAAAUGUCAUUUGAGAUUCGUAUCACGUUUCGUUGUGUUUGUUUGAUCCGAGCCAGUAGUUGUGAACUGCAGGAUUUCAUCUCGUCAAUAAAUAGAUGUAUUUAUCGACAGCGGCCAUGGGAUAGUCUCUAGGACUUGAGUCGUUGAGAAUGGAUGAUGGAAUAAAAAAUAGAAUAACAACGAUAACAUGGCUAUGCUUAUUUCUAUAUUUUACUAAAUUAGGAUAUCACAAGUAUCGAUCCUGAGUUGGCGUAUUCAUAACACGAGUUUCGUAAUCACAAUAAAUUUUGGCGAUUAGCCAAAGAAAAAGGGAACUUCAAAAAGUCUGGGUUGCUGGGUGGCCGAGCGGUCUAAACUGUCUCAAACCAAAUAGUUGGUGGUCUGGAGUUCAAUCUCCACCAAAGCCAACAUCCCAAGCAACCGGGUGGAUGGGACUCGUUAGCCCUUGACGGCAACCCAUCUUAGAGAAGGCAAACUCUGAAUUUAAACCAGGAGCAGAAUGAUCAACACAUUGAUCGUGGGCCCCUCAAAUAUAAGAAGAAGAAGUCUUGAAAAUGGCAAUCCUAAAUUGCAAGAAAUUAAAACCGUAUUUUAAAACCUGUUCCAUAUUUCAUGGAAGUCUGAUGUAAAUGUUGCAUACAUAACCUCAGCUUGCAUUGUCGGACAAAAUGAAGUAAAAAGAUCUACCAGUUGAUGUAGUGCACACAUGAUAAAACGUCACCACAAAAUCUGAAAUAAAUGGUCCACACACAACCGCUACUCGCAUUGUCGGACAAAACAACGUAGAAAGGUCUACCAACUAUUUGACACACGAUAAGACGUCGCCACGACAGUUUGAAACUUUGUUCGCAGGAAUUCAGUUUAGCAAUCUUUGCCACUGAGCAGUGUGGUUUAAAGUUUUCAUUAAGUAAUGAUAUAGGUGCAUUAUAAGUAAUAUAGCACUACUGAUAGUAAAAGGGAUUUGUUUGAUAGAUAAUAAUAUCGAUUAAAUAUCAAUUGUAUUCUUUGGUUGUAACAUUCAAGGUUACGAAUUUUAAAUGUUAGCCCGAAGCUUCCAUUUAACUUUCAAUCUCUGGCUACCCGACUCUAGCUUGAACGUUCUUAAUGUAACACCCUGGCUCCCAGUCCCCAUCUACAAAUCACAAACUUUUAUCCAUUGCUCCAUCCACCUUCCAUUCUCUGCUUCCAAAACGUUCCACUCCAUGAUUACCCAUCACACUCCAUGAUUACCCAUCACACUCCAUGAUUACCCAUCACACUCCAUGAUUACCCAUCACACUCCAUGAUUACCCAUCACACUCCAUGAUUACCCAUCACACUCCAUGAUUACCCAUCCCAUUUAAUACUCCGUGCCCCAGAUUACCUUCACUGGAUCUCAUUUUUACAUUUUGAAUCUCUCUUUAAAAGAAAAAUGGAAUCGUAUUCAAACUUUUGACCUUUCCCCCUUAAAUGCGAACUUCACAACAAAUUAUGUGAUUUUUUUUUUCCACGUUAAUACAUUUGCUUAUUACGUUCAGACAGAAGAAAAACAAAUUUCGUUUCUAUAGCGUUAUAAAGUCAGCCGCAGCUUGGAUGAAGCAUUACCUAUGUAGUCAGACAGAGAAUUGCGGUGGAUAAUGUUAUUUUUAAGAGCCUGAUUUAUCGUGUGUAGUUUUUAGCGCAUACAAACAACAAAAAGUGCAAAGGCAAAUGAUACAUUUAACAAAUAAGACGUUUUUAACAAAUAAGAAGUUUUUAACAAAUAAGACGUUUUUAAAAAAUAAGACGUUUUUAACAAUUAAGACGUUGUUAACAAACAAGACGUUGUUAACAAAUCAGACGUUUUUAACAAAUAAGACGUUUUAACAAAUAAGUCGUUUUUUAACAAAUAUGACGUUUUUUAACAAACAAGACUUUUUUAACAAAUAAGACUUUUUAACAAAUAAGACGUUUUUUAACAAACAAGACUUUUUAACAAAUAAGACUUUUUUAACAAAUAAGACGUUUUUAACAAAUAAGAUGUUUUUAACAAAUAAGACUUUUUUUAACAAAUAAGACGUUUUUAACAAAUAAGAUGUUUUUAACAAAUAAGACGUUUUUAACAAAUAAGACGUUUUUAACAAAUAAGAUGUUUUUAACAAACAAGACUUUUUUAACAAAUAAGAUGUUUUUAACAAACAAGACUUUUUUAACAAAUAAGAUGUUUUUAACAAACAAGACUUUUUUAACAAAUAUUUUUUUUUUUAAAAAGGCUCCUGAAAUGUUUACUAAAAAUGGUUCCAUAAUUUUUCAUAAGUUAUUUGAGCGAAUCCAUACGUUGAAGUUAAAUUUUUGAAUUUUUAUUUUCAGACCGGAAAGGGGGCUGCAGAGGGACUCAAUAUGGUUGCUGCGAUAACGGAAGGACCCCUGCCGGGGGACCCAAUGAAGAAAACUGUAGAACCGCUGGUUUUAAACGAGGAAUGUGCGGGCAUGAGAUACGGUGCUGGUCUGACGGCGUCACAUCUGCUGCUGGAGACAAUAAGGAAGGGUGCAACAGAAAUCUACUUUCCUAAGUAUGAUUCCUCAAUGAUUGUAUUUAGUAAACGAGGAAAUCUAGAGAAAUAGGUUCACAUUUAAAAAAUCUAGAUUCUGUAUUAGACAUAAAUUAACGUCAAUAAAACAUUGUGUUGAAUUAUUUUUUGUUACGUUUUCAGUUUUAAAUGCAAAUGAUUUUUUAAAUGGUUGUGGGGGGGGGGGCUGGGGCUGGUGGCUGAAAAUUUGAGAGAAUGUUUUUUGCUACGCGCUACCGUCUAUAUGGAGAAAUUAAACUACUAUUUACAUGUAUUUACAUGUAUGGCUUGUUCCAGAACAGUGCAUAACAAGACGAUAUCAAAUAAUGAAAACCAGAUCAGAAAAUACGACACUCGAAGCAGUGCUAAUUACAAUUAAUAAGAUUUUUUUAGUUAUCAAUAUAAUUACAAAAUAAAAGAAAUAGAAUUAAAUAAUCAACUUAACGAGUAUUGAGUUUUUUGUUACGGUACAUAUUUAAUACAAAGUUAUUUCAAACGUGCAAAAUAUUGGUUCACCCCUUUUUCCGCAAAUGUAGUAUACCUUUUGCAAAUUUAAUUGCAUCAUAAACAUUUCCCUUCUAACAUAUUCCCUAAAUCUAUAACAUACUUUUCAGAAGGCAAACGUUCAAGUAGAAAUGUCAAUUCUUCUUGAGGCAUCAUUGGUAGUAGCAUAGGGAUAAAAUAUGGCAGCUGCUCUGACAGUUUAUACUCUUCUGGGGUACAAUACAUAAAAUGACACAUACCUGUGCCAUACAACACACCAAAGUGACCUACAACACAAACCAUUGAACCGCAACACACAACAGCGAUGUAAAACGCACAAAAAUUAAUGUGCCGCGCAAUGUACAUAACAAUGUCUGGUAUGGACGGAAUUUUCGGAUAGAAUUUGCGCUACAAAAUAGUUUAUAAAUUUAAAUUUUGAUUUUGAAGUUUCGUAAAAACCACAAAAUGUUGAUUUCUAUUUCUAGACGCAUUGUAAAUACAGAGAAACAACAUUUUUCAGUAUGUGCUCCCAAGCUCAUACACAAAGGGGGCGGGUCAUAUUUAGUUACUGUUGAAUUAAACGAUACUCAGAACACGUGAAUAUGCAAUUAUGGCCACAAUUAAAACCUUUGUGAAGACCACAAAACAGCGUAUGGUGACCGUAUUCAACCUACGGCAAAAACGUUGUGUAAGCAAUUCAGCCUGACCUACUAGUAACAGCUUUCGUGCGCCUAGUUUUAUGAUAACUUUUUGACUAUUACAGCUCUCAUAAUGAGAUCAAGUUUUCCUGAUGUCUGUUGGAUCCACUGCAGUAGUUGUAAACAAGAUUUUUUGAUCUCGUAAAAAGAUGUGUCUGUUUUUCGACAACGCAUAUUCGAUAGUUGAUAGGACUUAUGCCGUUGAGAAUAGAUAAAAUACUAGUGUGGGUAAAGAUAAAAUAACAACAAUAAAUAAAUUAUAAUCUAACUGUAAUUAUUUCUAUCUUUUAUUUUUCGAAAAUAAUUAUUAUGAUUACAAAAUGUAGAAAACGGUAUCACAAGUAUCGAUUCUGAGUUGGCGUAUUCACAACAUGAGUUUCGCAAUCACAAUAAACUUUGGCGAUUAGCGUUAAUAAGGGAACGUCCAAAAGUCAGGAAAAUGUCAAACUUAAACGUCCGAAAUUAGUACUUGUUUUAAACAUGUGACGUCUUUGAUUGAAAUCAGAUAUAAACGUUGCCUAAACCACCUAAGCUGGCAGUGUCAGACAAAACAACAUAAAUAGAUCCACCAGCUAGUGUACUGAUACACGAUAAGACGUCGCCACGACUGUUUCAAACGAUCUUCGCAAUAAUUCAACUUGGCAAUCUCAACAACACAGUGGUGUAGUUGUAAGUAUUCAUUAAGUACCGGUUUAGGGGUAUCAUAAAUAAGCUAGCAAGACUGAUUGAAAAAGUGAUCUUUUUGUUAGAUAAUUAUCUCGAUUCAUUAUUAUCGAUGGUAAGCCUCUUUGGUUUGUAACCAUCUAGGUAAAAAAUUUUAAAUGUUAACCUUAAGCUCCUGUCUCUAGCUUCCAUUCUGUAGCUUCCAAUCCCUGGCCCCAUAUCUCUGGUUCCCAGUCCCUAGCUCCGCUUCUCUGGCUCCGAGUCUCUGGCUUCCAGUCUAUAUGUCUAGCUAAACCUCCUUAAAUGUAACACUCUGUCUCUCAGUUUCUAUCUAAAAAAAUCGCUAUCAUUUAUCCAAUUACUCCAAGAACCUUCCAUUCUCUGCUAAUAAAUUGUUCAACUCCUGAUUACUCAUCACUUUUUAUUCUCCCUGUCACAGAUUCCCUCCAGUGGAUCUCAUUUUCAAUGUUUAAAUCCCUCUUUAAAAAGAAAAGAAUCGUAUUCAAACUUGUGUCCUUUGACCAUUAAUGAGCUCACUACAAAUUAUAUAUUAUUUUUCCGUUCAUUCAUUUCCUUAUUACUUUCAGACAGAACAAAAACAAACAACAUGCUGGCUUUCAAAGUUCUUCUUCUGACCGUUGUCUUGCUGGUGGUGUGUACAGAGUGUCAAGAAACAUGUGAGAAUAUAUACAUGUUUACAUUUUUAUGCAUGUGAUAAAAGUAUAUUUUUGGAAGGAAAAAAUAAGUAAAACGUAUUUAAUAUUAAAAAAUACAUGUUUGAAACUUGAUGUGGUUUAUUAACAAUUCAAAUGCAAUCAAUUAUAUGUAUUAUCGAAUUUUACUUUAAAACAGUGGAUAAAACAUUAUCACUCUGUCACAAGUGGUUAUUAAAUCAAAAUAACUUUAUGCUUUUUAUUUGCAAGCUAAAAUAUUUGCUCUUUUGAAAAUACUAUAAUAUUUCCACUUUGAGUUUAUUCGAAAAGUUUAAUUUGAUAUUGUUUGAAGACCUUCAGGUAUAAUUAAUUUUAAUUUGAUAUUGUUUGAAGACGUUCAGGUAUAAUUAAUUUUAAUUUAAUUUCGUAAAAUUAUCAACGCACUAAAACAACAGAUUAUGGGUUUCCCCGAUAAUUGUGUUAAUGAAUUAUAAUAGCAAUAAUUCAGACUUUAACUAUUGAUAAUAAAGAAGAGAGUAUUUUAUCUUUUAAAUGCGGAAAAUAUACUUAAAAUAAUUCUUUAAAAUUAGUUUUAAUAUAUUUCUGCUUUAUUAUAAUAAUACUAAUACUUUAACAUAUAGUUAGAUAUAAGCAGAACUAUUUUAUUUUUAUCAUAUUUAAAGAAAUCCCGUUUAUUGUUUCUAACAAUUCGAAAGUAUUUAAAUCGAUUCGCUUCUUUAGCGCUAUAAGGUCAGCCGCAGCUUGGAUAAAAGCAUUUACCUAUGGAUGACUGAGAAGUUGUGAUGGAUAAUUUUACUUUUUUAGGACCCGACAUAUCGUUGUUGUUUUUUUUAAAUAAAACAUUCUUCAAAACUGUUCACCAAGUGGCAAGGGAUCAAAACGGUGGGGUUUAACUUAGGAAUGUUUUUUUCUUUUUUUUUUUUUUUCAGCCUGGAAAGGGGGAUGCAGAGGGACUCAAUAUGGUUGCUGUGAUGACGGAAGGACCCCUGCCGGGGGACCCAAUAAAGAGAACUGUGUGAACGCUGGCUUUGUCGGGGGUUGCUUUAGGAAUUUUUUUUUUUUUUUUUUUUUUUUUCAGCCUGGAAAGGGGGAUGCAGAGGGACUCAAUAUGGUUGCUGUGAUGACGGAAGGACCCCUGCCGGGGGACCCAAUAAAGAGAACUGUGUGAACGCUGGCUUUGUCGGUGGUUGCGCGGGCACGAGAUAUGGGUGCUGCUCUGACGGCGUCACGUCUGCUGCUGGAGACAAUGGGGAAGAGUGUCCCGAUCUUAUUGUGUCCUAAUUAUGAUCAUUUCUAAAUGAUUUUUGUUAGUUACAAAUGUUGUUUAAAAAUUAAACCUUCGGACCUUAAAAUUUAAAAUAAACUAUGAUACAAACGUUACGUUGAAAAUGUUAACAAUGUUUUGAACAUACAAAAUUGCUGCUCAUCAAUAUUUUAAAUCAGGAUUCUUUGAGUAGCUUAGUUCAACUCAGCAGAUUGUUGAAAUUGUAAAACUGGGAGAAUAUUUAAAUCUACCAUUGACAUAUUUCCCAAAUAAGUAUAAAGUAUUACAUUUUCUUCACGUGCUCCUAAAAACUGAAAAGUCUGUGUAUCAGGUUUCAGAUCAAGUGGUUGACAGGAAGUGGGUCAAUUAGCCGUCCCAAGGAUUUUUCCACCCACCCGUACCGAAAGAAACACACGAAGCAAACUGAAGUUCAUAUAAAAGAAUACAAUCAAUGAUAGUACGAACUGGAAAAAAAAGUUAUGUCAUCUCGACUAUUAUUUUUUUUUAAUAACAAUUAAAACGGAUUUGUGCUUAAAAAAC